UCACACCACCAUUACUUAGACCUUCGAAACACCUGAUCUCCCAAAAUGCCUGGCACAGAGAGCGCGUUCCCAAUUGAUCUCAAGAAGUACAGAAAAUUGACGCUUGACCCCUCCAAGCCCCAGUUGACUGCAGAACAGAAAUCGACUCUUCUGCACAACAUCCAGCUUCUCCGUGAUGCUCUCGUGCUCUUCACCGCAACAGGUGCUGCUCGGGGAGUGAGCGGGCACACUGGUGGAGCUUAUGACACCAUUCCGGAGGUGUGCAUUCUCCUCAGCUUGUUUGAGGCAUCGGAGAAGUACCUCCCCAUCGUCUUCGAUGAAGCAGGUCACCGUGUCGCAACUCAAUACCUUCUCGCUGCUCUCGAUGGGCACAUUCCCCCUGAGCAUCUCCUUCAUUACCGUGAAGCCAAUUCAAAGUUACCUGGUCACCCCGAACUGGGUUUGACACCUGGUGUCAAGUUCUCCUCCGGCCGUCUUGGUCACAUGUGGCCCAUGGUCAACGGUGUCGCAAUGGCAAACAAGGAAAAAGUUGUCUUCUGUCUGGGUUCCGAUGGUUCCCAACAGGAAGGUAACGAUGCCGAGGCCGCCAGAUUGGCUGUUGCGCAGAACUUGAACGUUAAAUUGUUGAUCGAUGACAAUGACGUCACUAUCGCCGGACACCCAUCUCAGUACCUGAAGGGCUACGACGUCAGUAAGACUCUUGAGGGUCACGGUCUCAAGGUCUACACAGUUCAGGGUGAGGACAUCGACGCCCUAUGGGCCGCCAUCGCCGCGGUUGUUACCUACGAUGGUCCUGCUGCUGUCGUCGCCAAGCGUCUUAUGGCACCGGGUGUUGCUGACAUCGAGGGUAGCACUCAUGGGCACGAUGUUAUCCCCGUGAAGGCCGCCAUCAAAUACCUUGCCGCACGGGGAUACCCCACUUCAGUGUCGGAGGAUAUCCUCAAUAACAUCAAGCCUACGGGCGUGCCGUACUUAUACAUCGGCUCCUCCAAGGAGGUUGGAGCAAACCGUGUUGUCUUUGGUGAAGCUGUCAACUUGGUGCUGGACAAGCUUAGCAAGGAGGAGGCUGCCGAGAAAGUCAUGGUGAUCGACAGUGAUCUUGAGGGCUCCACUGGUCUUAAGGUCAUCCAUCAAAAGCACCCUGAGGUAUUCGUUCCAUCCGGUAUCAUGGAACGUGGAAACUUCUCCACAGCCGCCGGUUUCGGUUUUGACGCGAACAAGUUUGGUGUCUUCUCGACGUUCUCCGCUUUCCUUGAGAUGGUCAUCUCUGAGGUCACCAUGGCCCGCCUGAACAACUGCAAUGUUCUUAGUCACUUCUCGCACUCUGGUGUUGAUGAGAUGGCCGACAACACCUGCCACUUUGGUGUCAACUCCUUCUUCGCCGACAAUGGUCUCUCUGAUGUUCAGUCGUGGCUGUACUUCCCUGCCGACCCAUUGCAGAUGGUGGCUGUCAUCCAGCGGGUCUUCUUCGAGCGUGGCCUGCGCUUCGUUUUCUCCACCCGUUCGAAGGUGCCUUACAUCCUCAAGGAGGACGGUACCAAAUUCUUCGGUGACGGCUACAAGUUCGUGCCUGGCAAGGAUGAGACGAUCGUGGAUGGCAAAGCUGGAUAUGUUGUCUCUUUCGGUGAGAUGCUGUACCGCUCGUGGGACGCUGUCCUGCGCUGCCGCCAGGAGGGUCUGGAUGUUGGCUUGAUCAACAAGCCUACGCUCAACCUGGUCGAUGAACAAACGCUUAGGAAGAUCGGUUCAAGCCCCUUCGUACUGGUCGUUGAGUCACUGAACCAGAAGACUGGGCUUGGUUCGAAGAUGGGUACUUGGCUCAUCGAGCGCCAGCUCACACCCAAGUAUGGCUACAUGGGUACGACCAAGGAGGGCUGUGGUGGUUUGUCCGAGCAAAUUCCUCAUCAAAACCUUGACCCUCAAUCGAUCAUUAUGAAGAUCAAGCGACUGUCUAACUAGACAUAUUAUAGAGAAGGCCUCUUUCCAAAAAACACAAUAUUAUUGUAAUGCAAUUCAUAUUACAGUUUGUACUGUUACCUUGUAGUAUAACGAUGCCGUAGGGAAUACAAAUUCUUGAUCGUGUUAGUUAACACCUAUGGAGAAAUAUAUCAGUAAUUUUCAAAUGAACAUUCAA